AUGACGACGACUGCAAGAUCGGAUCAAGGUAAUAAGAUUCUAAAAACCAGUCAACUGACAAGAAAUACUGUGGAUUCUUUACUUGGACGAGCGAUCAAGUUUCGAUCUUCCCGUUAUGUCGAUGAAAAGUUAGAUUUAUUUAAACGCAAGUAUGCACCUGUCAAUCAAGCUUCCAACCAGCAACAAAACUUAACCAAAGGCAAUUAUCAACAACAACCAUUACUUGAUGAUCGUAUUGGUACACAAGAUCCUUAUGGUUUUGAACGACCUAGCAAGACUUUAUUUUCUCAGGAUAAAUUGGAACCUUCUUGGACAACCAUUCGACCGAUCGGUGCAGGACUUUCAGAUCAAAAAGGACAACAUUCAGCUCUAAAUGCUGUAUUACAAUGUUUGACUUAUACUCCUUUAUUAUUUAACUAUCUUGUUUCAAGAUGGCAUAGUGCCAACUGUACGGUACAAGAUUAUUGUUUUGUAUGUGCUCUGGAAGAUCAUAUGAAAGAAUCCAUAGCAAAUUCUGGUCAACAUUUAACUCCUCGACAAUUUGCUGGCAAACUGAAAAAAAUGAAAACUGGUUCAAGUAAAGAUGCUUUUGAUGUGUGGACUUUCUUUAUGGAACAAAUUCAACAUUUUCUUUUAUUGGAAAAAGGUCUGUCACUAGAUAUCAAUCAAGGUAGCUCUUUAGAAAGGUGUCUAUCUCAUCAUUUCAACCUUUUUUUUUUCUCUCUAACUUUUAUCUUUAUUAGUUGCAAGAAAACGACAAUGAAGAAUCAACAAUCAAUAUAUCAACCUCCUCGAGUGCUUGCCCUUCAUUUAAAUCGAUUCGACAAGAAUGGAAAUAAGAAUGAAAAGACAAUCAAGUUUGAUGAAAUGAUGGAUAUCACUCGAUUAUUGACACGCACUCAAAUAGAAGCGAAGGAAGCCAACAAGGUGGAAACAAAAUAUCAACUCUGUGGUAUGAUUACACAUCAAGGUGCAUCAUCAAUUCAUGGUGGUCAUUUUGUGGCCUAUGUUAAAAGCUCGAAUGGCAUGUGGUACUGUUUAGAUAAUGAAUCCGUUCAACAAGUCAAUGCCAAGCGAUUAGCAAACCAACAAGCAUACAUGUUAUUUUACACGCAAUACGUCAGUCAUGUAUCUCGACCCAAAUCUACACCAGCACCAGCGCCCUCUGUCUUAUUAGAUGUCAAUACACCAAAUGAAACUACAAGUGAUAAGGACGAAGAGGAACCCAUGGAACAACCACCAAAUGAUGAUGAUGAUGAUGAUGAUGAUGAUGAUGAUAAAAAGGCGUUAGAAAAAGCGAUGGAAGAAGCGAAAAGGAAACCCAAGGUGGAAAAUACUGCUGCGAUUGUGGUCAAUCACGAUGAUAGAAUGGAUGACAAACGUAGCAAGUUGGAUGCAUUGAUUGAACGGGAAGCAACACAAAGCAACAGUCAAAAGGCGAAGGAUGAAUUACUUACCAAGGCAAAUGGACAAUUCUUUGAUUCUGUGGGUAGAUGGGAUGAUCAAGAAGAAGAUAUGGGUACAACUGUGGAUAGCAAAGAAAAGGAACGCAAGGCAUUAUUACAACAAAUGAAAACCAAGCGAAAAAAGAUGGAUGCCUAUGAUUUGGAUUAUGAUCGUGGCAAGAUCAAGAAAGUCAAGAAGAAACGACAUGAAAAGUUUGGUCAACCUAAUCUCUUCCAAGCCAUGGCGGACAAUGCAGCUUCAAAAACUAAGGUUAAAAAUAAGCAAUAA